UUAAAACAAAAAAUUGGUCAAACGAAAAAGAAAAAGGACGAAGAGGAUUGAACGGUAGACGUAGACGCCAUUGGAGUUUGAAAGAGGAACACAAAGGGAAUUAGUCGACGCUUCAUGGAUUAUUGUCGUUUCGGUUUCAUCUUCUUCUUCUUUCUAUAGCACGAUUAAAGCCUCACUAGAUCCAUCGUCGGCCAUGGAUCAAUCUACGGCUACGGCUACGUCUUCGUCUUCGUCUUCCACUCAUUAUUUCUCCAUUUUCACGAAUUAUCCUCUGAUUUCCGCCGUCACCUCUUUCACUAUCGCUCAAUUCAUCAAACUCUUCACCUCCUGGUAUAGGGAAAGGAGAUGGGAUCUCAAACAGCUUAUUGGGUCCGGAGGAAUGCCUUCUUCACAUUCAGCGACCGUUACAGCCCUCGCUGUAGCUAUUGGUUUACAAGAGGGCUUUGGUGGAUCACAUUUUGCCAUUGCUUUGGUUUUGGCAUCUGUUGUGAUGUAUGAUGCUACCGGUGUUAGGUUACAUGCGGGUCGUCAAGCUGAGGUUCUCAAUCAGAUUGUAUACGAACUUCCUGCAGAACAUCCGCUGGCUGAAAGCAGACCUUUGCGGGAACUUCUCGGUCAUACCCCUCCCCAGGUCGUUGCUGGUGGAAUGCUUGGAAGUGCCACAGCAGUGACUGGAUACUUAUUUUUCAGGAUAGCUACAAGCUAACGUCAAGAACAUGCAUAGACACAAGUCUUCUGCUUCAUUGCCUAUUGAAGCCACUGGAAAGUACCAAAAACAGAUUUACAACCGAAUCCGAGUUAAAAAAAUAUUUAUUCUUGUUUAACCUUGACCUUACCAUAUGUAAAGAAAUAUUGAUACACCAUUACAAAAAUUACGUGAUUUUAUUUGAAAAUAAGUAGUAUACAAAUGAAUUUGUGGAAUAAAAUUGCGUUGUUCAUCA